GUAGCCCUUCCGUCGGGGGCUGCCCAGAGUAGUUUACCGCGAUGAACCUGCACUCGGGGCGGGCGGCUGUGGCCAUGAUGCGGAUGAUGGGCUGUAAUAACGGGCGCUUUGCGCGGCAUUUUCUCCACAGCGACUGCGUGGUCGACGAGAAGACGGUGGUCUUGACCAAGAAGGAGAAUGAAGGUUUCGGCUUCGUGCUGCGAGGGGCCAAAGCGGACACGCCCAUCGAGGAGUUUACUCCCACCCCUGCCUUCCCAGCCCUCCAAUACCUGGAGUCAGUGGACGAGGGAGGAGUGGCCUGGCAGGCGGGGCUUAGGACCGGGGACUUCCUCAUCGAGGUGAACCAGGAGAAUGUGGUGAAGGUGGGCCACAGGCAGGUGGUCAACAUGAUCCGUCAUGCAGGGAACAGCCUCAUCAUCAAAGUGGUAACGGUCAGCAGGAAUAUGGACCCUGAGGAUACCGCACGCAAAAAAAGCCCCCCACCGCCAAAGAGAGCCCCCACCACCGCCCUGUCUAUGCGCUCCAAGUCUAUGACCUCUGAAUUGGAAGAACUAGUUGACAAGUCCACACUAAGGAAAAAGACAGAUAAAGUGGACGAGGUGUCACCUUCCCAGAAGGCUGUGGACAUGAAGGUGGCCACCAUUAAGCCACGCCCCUCCAGCCGCUGUUUGGUCACACCUACUGACAUGAAUUCCAUGUACGACCGCCAGGGUGGUGUGGCAGUGGUACCACCCACCGUGCCAGGCAGUCCUAGAGGGGGGGCAUUCCUGGGCAUACUUGCCAAGGGUGGCACCAUGAGGAGACAGAAGUCCAUAGGUGUAACAGAAGAGGAGAAGACGCUCCUCACCCCUCCCCCGCUCAAGUUCACCCGCAGCCUCUCCAUGCCAGACACGUCCGAGGACAUCCCCCCUCCCCCGGCCAUCUCCCCCCCGUCGCCCCCCUCCUCCUACAACUCUCCCUCCAUCUCCCCCACGCCACGGGGCUACGGCACCACCCGACCGGGCCUCACCCUCAACUCCGCUGGAAAAUGUUCCAACGCCACUACCCUAGGCAACCGCACGUUAGAUGUAGGGACGCUAAGGCGAGGUUAUCACCGCCAGAGCUCAGAACAGUACGAUAGUAGAAGCCGAGGACGGGCGCCCGUGCCCGAGAACCCGUACUCGGAGGUUGGCAACAAGGCGUUGUACGUGCCCGCCAAGCCAGCGAGGAGGAAGGGCAUGCUGGUCAAGCAGCCCAAUGUGGAGGACAGCCCAGAGAAGACUUGCUGCGCCCCGCCCUCAGGCGCCGUUUCCAUGCCGACCACACCCACUGAGAGGACCGUCUCGUCCAUUCCCAUCCCCACCAUCAUCGUCAAGGAGCCGUCCACCAGUAGCAGUGGAAAGAGCAGCCAGGGCAGCAGUAUGGAGAUCGAGCCCACCACACCCGAACACCCACCAUUAACGCCUGGGGCAGGGGGCAGGGGGCUGAGGCCUGAAGACCCAAUUGUCAACAACCCCUUUGCGGCUGCCAUCGCAGGGGCAGUGAGGGACCGGGAGAAAAGGCUGGAGGCGCGGAGGAACUCGCCCAGCUUCCUCUCCACCGACAUGGGGGAUGAGGACUUGGGAGACCCUGCCCCGCGCCUACGCCAGUCCAAGUCCAUCGAUGAGGGGAUGUUCAGCAACGACGAGCACCUGCGGAGGAUAAUGGCGCCCCCGCCGGCCGCCACCCUGCUGCGGUCCCAAGAAGGGGGUGACCGUGGGGGUAACGUGACAGACUUUAACACCCCUGAGCCCGGCCAGGUGGUGAGGGAGCCCCUGACCGCGCGUACCGGCCAGUACCCCAACCUGGACAGCCCCGUCAGUCUCCCGGCCACCUACAGCUCCAACGGAGGAGGGGGCUACAUGCACCCCGUCACGGGUAAGGCCCUGGACCCUAACUCGCCCCUCGCCCUGGCGCUGGCGGCCCGGGACAGAGCCAUGAAGGAGCAGACGCAAAUGACCAUGGCGACGCAAGCCCCACCCCCUUCUCAACCUCAACCGCAUCCCAAGAGCGAUGCCCCCCAGUCCCUCCCCCCCAACCCCCACAAACCUGGCCUCAAUCAGCCCCUCUUCAUCAAUACCAAGCUCCGCUCCAGCAUUGAGGUGGGCUUCGCCACCUCCACGACAACCCUGGGGCGAGGCAGAGGGGGGGGCCUGAGGAGGCAGAUGACGGAGCAGAAGUACGAGUUGGACGGAGCGAGGGAGGAGAGGCAGCAGGCGGCGGAGGAUGGGAAGAGCAUACAGAUCGACGUUGUGGACACGUCACAACCGCAGAAAGCGGCCGGGCUGCUGAUGGUGCACACCAAAAACAGCCCAGAGGGGGACGACAGGGGGCAGGAGAACACACCAGCCCAGGACAACAGCAUCCCCAGCGAACUGAGAGACCCCAACCAGCCAAACCCCUCCACCAACAGCCACAGUACCAAACCCCUGCCCCCAGUGCCGCGGGGGAAGAGCAUCACGGCUGGGGGAUCGGUGGACGAGCCAGUCAAGCUGCCCUUCCGCAUGCCCCCUCCCCCACUGGCCUCGGUGGACAUCGAAGAGGUGGAGGAGUUUGUCUUCUCCGAGCCCCUGCCGCCGCCGCUGGAGUUCGCCAACAGCAUUGAUAUCCCUGAGGACCAGGCAACGACCAUCGCUGAGUUGCUCAAGCAACGGGACCAAGAGAGACGCAACGGGAUGGGGGCCAGGGGGCCACAUCCACCUUCCUACUACACCCACGCCCCGCCCCCUGUCGGCCAGUUCAGACGGGGGAGCGGGGUAUCCAACUGCGUGCCCCCACCCUCCUACCCCCCUCCGCACCCCGAUGGUGGCUUUGAGCAAGGUGUCACUGACUCAGGCAUCGAGGAGGUAGACAGUCGCAGCAGUGGAGACCCCCAUAUGGAGACUACCAGCACCGUUUCCACAAUUUCCAGCAUCUCUAUACUGUCGUCGGAGGGCGGGUACAACAACGCCCUGGAGAACACUUCUAUGGUCUAUACUGACGGCCAGGCUUACCUUGACGACCGACCACCAGUUCCCCCCAAGCCAAAAAACAAGCCCGUCAUCAACAAGAACACUGCACUUUACCACGACGUCCUCAUGGAGGAAUCCCUGGACUCCUUCGGGGCGCCCCCUCCCCCUGCACCCGGGUCCAUGUCCCCCCCGGACCUCCCCUGGACCCCCACCCAUCGGUCGUCCAAGCUGUGGGGCGAACCCCCGGAGCUAAGGAGCCCACCCACGCCCGACCCCAAGGCCACGGUUAUCAACGAGCUGAGCUCCAUCUUAUCACAGAUGCACCGGCCCAAACCGGGGGACUCCCUGGACUCACCCACCACAGGGGCCAGGGGUGGCUUUGGAACCAGCUCUCCAGCCUCAGGAAGCCAGCGGAACUCCAGCGUGUCCUUUGGCCUGCCCCCCUCCUCCUGCACCCCUCCUUCCAGCCUGCCCCCUCACCUCUGCAGCCCCCCGGACACCUCGUCCCUCUCCUCGCCCCCCUGCCCCUCCUCUUUACCCCACUCUGCCUCGCCCAGCCUCAGCGACAUCUUCGGUCUGCCCAACCCGCCCAUGGAGAGUGCGAGUGGCAUCGGCAGCAUGGGCGGUAGCCUUGGUGGAGGGUCCUCGUGCGGUGGCUCGCGCUCCCCCUCGCCGCUCACCCUAAUGCAGGCCGUAGCCGCCUCGGGCAAGCCCUUCGCCUCCAAGCCCGUGGAGCUGUGGAGCAAGCUGGACGUGGCCGACUGGCUGGACAGCCUGAAUCUGUCGGAGCAUAAAGACGCCUUCCUGGACAACGAGAUCGAGGGCGCCCACCUGCCCUCGCUGCAGAAAGAGGAUCUGAUUGACCUGGGGGUGACGCGGGUGGGCCACCGCAUGAACAUCGAGAGGGCCCUCAAAAUGCUGCAGGACAGAUAAAGCCAUGGGGUGUGGAUUUAUCUGGAACACUCUCUCCUACCUGUUCUCCUUCUCAGUCUGGGACAGUCUGGGACGAUUUAGGAAUCGGCCUCUGACUCCUCCCUUCCUGCCUCUGUGUUUGUGUUUGAUCGUUCCCAUUCUGCUUCCAGAGUGUCAGGGGAUGUUGGAAUCCUAGAGGAACUGCUGGGAAUAGCCUGGAGAAAGGCGGCAUUCCCGAAUCCAGAAUGGAGAAAGAGUGGAAAAAAUCCUGCAUCUUUUUCGGGAUGCUCAUGUUACAAAAGACCACACUUUGGAAUACUCUUGAAACGUAGCCCUCAAACACUUUAAAAUACUGAUAGAAAUCCAACCCGGACAUUGUUGGAAUACUCAAGACUACAGCUCCCAGUCGCUUUGGAAUACUCAAUACUUUUUCAAGCUGCCCCAGUGUGGGUGUUUGAAACCAGCUGAGCUGGUUGGCGCUCCUUUUCUAUCUUUGCUAGAGUUUCUUCAGAGAAUAUUUGUUCACUAGAGUAAAAGGGUUAUGUUUAUGAACGCAUCUGACGUUUGAAAAACGGACAUUUGAAAAACAUUAGAAACGAGAACCUUUGUAGAAAUGUUUAGAUGAAUCCUAAACCAUAUCACUCGCUGCAAGCAAAUACACACACACAUCCGGCGAUGGCCUUCUUCUCCUGAGAGAGAAACAUGAUGAUGUGUUGGUCACUCUAAUGCAUGGCUGGAGGGGCUCCACUGUAGCAGGCGCCACUGUCCCUUUCACAUCCCUGUUCACAGUGGAAGGUGUGUGUAUUUGGGUUUUGUCAGAGACAUGUUUGUGAGGUGUACAGUCGUGGUCAAAAGUUUUGAGAAU